AUGGCUUUGGCUAGACCGACGACUAAACUGCCGCCGGGAGCGAAUAGGAUCCUCUUCGUCAAGAAUCUGAACUACCAGAUCACCGGCGAAGACUUGUACGAUUUGUUCGGACGCUAUGGGAGCAUCCGGCAGAUACGGAUAGGGAAUGAGCAGAAAACAAAGGGUACAGCCUUCGUAGUUUUCGACGAUGUCAUGGACGCCAAGAACGCUCUUGACCACCUGAACGGCUUCCACUUGCAAGAACGCUAUAUUGUUGUGUUGUAUCACAUGCCGUCCAAACAAGACGCGGCCGCCGCGAAGGCGGAACUCGCAAGGAGGGAGGAGGAGCUCGCGGAGCUCAAGAGAAAACAUGAUAUCCAGGAUGAGGAUUGA